GUAACAGGAGAAGUAAUAUAGUUUUGGUGCCAAACUAAGAUUUAUCAGAAAAUAAAUGACUGAAUUGUGUUUUUUUUUUUUUCAGAAUCAACUUGGAUGACGUGGAAGCAGGAGAAGAAGCGCGCCAAUUUCUGAAACGAGGUUCAAUCUGAGCUGCAAAAUUCCCUAAACUCGCUCCUCUAUCUCUCCCUCGUCUCCGCCAUUUCUCCUCUCUCUCUCAAUCUUCGUCCACGGCGAUGAAUUGAUCUUCUUCCUCCAGAAACAACCGAGAAAGGCAAAGAGAAGAGAAGAAGAACCGUCGAGGUGACAGAGAAACGAGAGGGAUUGAAAAAGGGAGCCGGUUGUUCGAUUGAUGAGUGGCGAAACACAUAAUAGAUGCAUCUAUGAAGACUGGGGGACGGAAGUCGCCACCACCGCGCCAUCUGAUGCACUUUUCCUUGUCGUCGCUGCCGCCGGUUGAGGCCUUUCAGAUGGAAUGGCAGAUUUUCCUACUUAUCUUUCCAAUUCCGACCGUGAUAUCGACCAGGCGCUCAUUGCUUUGAAGAAAGGCACCCAGUUGAUCAAAUACAGCCGCAAAGGCAAACCUAAGUUCCGCGCCUUCAGACUCUCUCCGGACGAGACUGCAUUGAUUUGGUUAUCGCACGGGCAGGAAAAGAAUUUGAAAUUGGCAUCAGUAUCUCGGAUCCUUCCCGGUCAGAGAACUGCUGUGUUUAGGAGGUACUUGCGCCCUGAGAAGGAUUGUCUCUCGUUUUCACUCAUUUACAACAAUGGCGACAGGUCCCUUGAUCUGAUCUGCAAAGACAAAGUUGAAGCAGAAGUUUGGCUUGCAGGCCUUAAGGCCAUCGUUGGAAGAAACCGGGGCAGACGCACCAGAAGUGAUAUCUCGGAUUUUACUGAAGGUGGAGGAGAUUACUUCUUUGGUAAUCGUCAUGGUCCAACACUAGAGCUCACGCCAAGCCUUGCUCGUGGUAGAGUCUCUAUCGAUUUAGCUUCAGAUGGUGGUGGCUCGGAGUAUGCAAAUAUGCAACUAAGACCGAGCUCUGUUGAUGGUGGUUUCCGGAUUAGUGUCUCCAGCACUCCUAGUACCUCUAGUACUGGCUCUGGCCCAGAUGAUAUCGAAUCAUUAGGUGAUGUUUACCUUUGGGGGGAAGUGUGGAGCGAUGGCUUUGCACCCGAAGGACCCAUGCCCUCUUCCUCUUCUUCUUCUUCGCGCAUCGAUGUCUUGGCUCCUAAACCCUUGGAAUCCAAUGUAGUUCUCGACGUUCAUCAGAUUGCUUGUGGGGAACGACAUGUUGCUCUUGUCACAAGGCAAGGGGAGGUCUUCACAUGGGGAGAGGAAUGUGGUGGGAGGCUUGGCCAUGGACUCGAGAAGGAUUUUAGCCGUCCUCGACUUGUUGAAGUUCUUGCAGUUACUAAUGUCGAAUUCGUGGCUUGUGGAGAGCAUCACACAUGUGCUGUAGCCGCAUCAGGUGACUUGUUUACAUGGGGAGAUGGCAGCCACAACGCUGGACUUCUUGGCCAUGGCAGCGAUGUUAGCCACUGGAUACCAAAAAGGGUAUCUGGCGGUUUGGAAGGGCUCCAGGUUUUGUCCAUUGCUUGUGGCACGUGGCAUUCUGCUCUUGCAACUUCGAGUGGCAAGUUGUUCACUUUUGGAGAUGGAGCUUUUGGCGUUCUUGGCCACGGAGAUCAAGAAAGUGUUGCAUAUCCUAAAGAAGUACAGUUACUAAGUGGGUUAAGGACGAUGAAAGUUGCUUGUGGUGUAUGGCACACGGCAGCUAUAGUUGAAGUUAUGGGCCAAGCUGGUGCAACUAUGUCGUCGAGAAAGUUGUUCACUUGGGGAGAUGGCGAUAAGUAUCGAUUAGGUCAUGGAAACAAGGAAACAUAUCUUCUUCCCACCUGUGUUUCUUCCCUUAUUGACUACAACUUCCACCAGUUAGCUUGUGGGCAUACCAUGACAGUGGCUCUCACUACCUCAGGCCAUGUGUUCACCAUGGGCAGCACCGCAUAUGGCCAGCUAGGCAACCCAAGCUCCGAUGGGAAAUCGCCAUGUCUAGUUCAAGACAAACUGGUAGGCGAGUUCGUGGAAGAAAUUUCAUGUGGCGAAUAUCAUGUUGCGGUGCUUACAUCGAGAAGCGAAGUGUUCACUUGGGGCAAAGGUGCUAAUGGAAGAUUAGGCCAUGGAGAUAUAGAAGAUAGAAAAUCUCCAACGUUGGUUGAAGCACUAAAAGACAAGCAUGUGAAGAGUAUAUCAUGUGGAUCGAAUUUCACUUCCAGCAUAUGUAUUCAUAAAUGGGUUUCAGGGGCCGACCAGUCGAUUUGUUCCGGUUGCAGGCAAGCAUUUGGGUUCACUCGAAAGAGACAUAACUGCUACAACUGUGGAUUAGUGCACUGUCAUUCUUGCAGCUCCAAAAAGGCAAUGAGAGCUGCAUUGGCACCAACGCCUGGGAAGCCACAUCGAGUCUGCGAUGCUUGCUACACAAAGCUUAAAGCUGCUGAAGCUGGUAACUCUUCUAACAUGAACAGGAAAUACACAAACCCUCGUCGAUCAGUUGACAUGAGUGUGAAAAUGGAUUUUGGUUUUCGCCCAUCAAAAGUAUUGCUAUCUCCCACCACCGAGCCUGUGAAGUACUUGGAGGUCAAGCACGGAAAGCCUGGGAUGAAAUGUGAUGAUUCGUCUAUAGUACGGGCAUCCCAAGUUCCUGCACUUACACAGCUAAAAGAUGUAGCCUUUCCGAGUUCGCUUAGUGCUAUACAAACUGCAUUGAAGCCUACUCCGGUUUCAGUAGCGUACCAGCCUCCCCCUGUGAGCAUGCCUCAGCCUACAGCGACUAGCUCGAGACCUUCUUCGCCAUACUCUAGGAGACCAAGCCCUCCUCGGUCUUCAGGUGGCGGAGUUUCUAGGAGUGUUAUUGAUAGUCUGAGGAAGACGAAUGAUAUAAUGAAACAAGACAUGGCAAAGCUGCAAAUUCAAAUAAAGAAUUUGAAGCAGAAAUGUGAUGAUCAAGACAAGGAGAUACACCAGCUACAACAACAAGCUAAAGAAGCUACUUCAUUUGCUUCGGUAGAAUCUUCGAAGCUUAAUGUUGCUAGGGAAGUCGUAACAUCAAUCACAAACCAGUUGAAAGAAGUCAAAAACCAGUUGCCUCCUGAUGUACAAGAUACAGACACGUUGAAAGCCAUUGAUGCUCAAAUAGAAGCUUUUCUAAGUGCAAACAAACCGUCUGCAUUGCCAUCAAGCUUGGAGUCUGGCGUGCAGAACAAAUCAGUUGAUGCAUCUGAACCCAAGAAAGAAGGUGGAUCCUCGCGUGAUGGACACAAUGCUGAAAGUGACACCAAGAUAAAGUUGGAGACAUCAAAUUCUAGAAAGGAUUGCCAGAGAGAGAGCAUCGAGCAGUUUGAGCCAGGAGUUUAUGUGACUUUUGUUCAGCGUCCAAAUGGCAUAAAGAUCUUCAAACGAGUCCGAUUCAGUAAGAGAAAGUUUCAGGAGCAGCAGGCAGAAGUGUGGUGGCAGGAAAACAAAGAGCGGCUUCUCAAGAGGUAUGUUCCUGCGAAAUCAGGGUCUUCUUCCCAUGCACCAGCAGCUACUACUUCAUCACCAGCUCCAACUGAGGUACAACCACCAGGUAAUCCACCACCUGCUGUGGAAACAAGCCAGGCAGAGACAUCCGAGAAUUAGGUAAUCAAAAUCAUAGUUUUUUUUUAUCGGACGUCAAAAGCGCUCCCUAACCUGAAAUCUUCUAAUUUUCAACAUAUGGGAAUAUAGUAUACUACAUAUACACCCACAUAGUGUUGAUGAACAAUGAACACCUAGAACCCUGUUACUGCUGAUCUCAAAAUUUUGUUUCCUUUUGUUGAAUUGUUUUCUUUUACCCCUGGAGAUUAGUUCUAGGGUUAAUUAGGAUGUACUGGUACACCAACAUGCUCCUGUGAUGUGAAGGGAGAAAGUGCAUUUGUGUACCAAUGAAUGAGAAAUGCAAGGGAAAGAAGGAAGCAUUCUGUUGAUCCUACUGGAUUUCAUUUCAGUAAUUUUGCAGCCAUUUUUCUUUUCUUUUUAGUAAAAGCAUUCAGUUUCAAUGUAGUGGAUAUUAAUUUCAUGUUUUCCCACUAGAUCAAAAUAAGGAGUUGUUUGGAGGUGGAUUCUGAAGUUAGGUUGUGCACAAGCAUCCCUGUAAUGGUGGAUUCUCACAGAAUUGGGGAGGGAAAUUGAGGGUGUAAUGAGGUGACUAUUAUUCAUAGUAUGUAACCAUUAGUUUCAAGCGUGAUAAUUUGGUGUUCGUCUCAAGUCAUCGUAGUCAUACCCUCGGUUUUAAUUAUAAGCUUAUGGUGAGAGAUUAACAAACUUUUCAAGUGAACUUACAUUUGUUAGGAUGUUCAUUGAAUAAUUGACACCUGCAGGCUGCAACCAUGAAUCCAAUGACAUGUUUCAAUUUUAUGGACGGUAACAUUUUGGGAUGUGAAACAUAAUUCUUAUGGUGGAUAGUAACACCUUCAAAGUGUGUUUGAAACCAAAAUAAUUGAGUGGUGAUCAUAUCUACGGUUACUACAUGAGUGUAGCAUGAGUCAAAUUCACUUCAAAGAAAUGUACAUCGAAUGAAACGGAACUAUAAAUAGUCAAUUCUUGUUUAAAAAUGUUGACGGCAAUAGACAAAACAACGCAUUUAUUUUAUGAGAUGUUGGAGGAAACCAAUAUAUUAUCUAAACAAAAAAUAUAUAAGGAAGAUUUUACCAUUAAUCAUUCCCCUUUUCAAGACAGAGAUAGUCGCGAGUCGCGACUAUUGUUUAAUUUUUGGAUAUGGAACAAAUCAAAAGCAAAUCUUAUUUGCACAACUGCAUAUAGGAUGUAAUCAAUUAAGACCGUAUCAAAACAUAUAUAUACAACAGUGCAUAUGUCUUUCUUUUCAGCCAUCAAGAAUCAGACCCUAUUUUACGGAAGGGUGUUUUGGACAAAAUACACAAUUGUACACAGCGCCUCACUUUGUCAUUUUGGGGCCAAUUAGGUAGGCCCGCUAAAGCUUUAUAGCUAUCGAAAAGCAAGCCCACAUAAUUAUUUCCCAAGGAGGCUAGGACAUAAAUGUUUUUUCUUUUGGUACUAAGCAUUUCAUUAGCAGAAACAAACAUUAAUAAUAGUUUUUUUAGAUA